CUAUAUAGUUUGCGUCUGUACAUACGCAGACUUGUCACCUCCUGGAAUUCUGUCUCAUAUUAGCAUCUCCGUCGCCUGGUACUAAUAAAGCCAGUUUUUUUUUAAACACCAGUAUCCAUCAUGGUGGGAAGCGUCAACAAGUUUCUGGCCAUUGCCGGCACUGCCUCGGCAGCCGUCUUCGACCUGCCCGUUGUCAUCAAGAGCACAUACAGCAGCGUCAAGUUCGACAUCGGCACGCCCCCGAAAGAACACCAGCUACUGUUCGAUACCGGCUCGUCAACCCUCUGGACCGUUAGCACUGACUGCACACAAGACUCGUGUCCAGAAGGAAGCACGGAGCUGUAUAAACGACGGUACUACAAUGCAUCGGCAUCAUCCACGGCCGUCGAUGUUGGCAUUCCCGCCACAAUUCCUUACUUGGGCGGUAACGUUGAGGGCGAAAUUUAUCAGGAUGUCUUCAGCGCUCUAGAUGGGUCCGUGGAAUGGAACCAGUCAUUCAUUGCAGUCAAUAAGAGCUCAUGGCUUUGGAUCACUGCAGACGGUUUUCUGGGCCUUGGCUUCUCUACCAUCGCAGAGCCUAACACGUCGACACUGGUCGAAACGCUGCUAUGGGAUGGCAAGCUAGACAAACCCCGAUUCGGCCUAUACUAUGGCACAAACCUAGGAGACGAGGGCCCUCAGGACGGUGUACUGAGCAUUGGCGACAGUCACGAGGACAAGUUUGUUGAUGGCCAGGUGGUUUAUGCUCCUCUGCAGAAGGUCAACAACGAGUAUGAUCUAUGGCGCACACCGUUGAAGGCUGUCAACCUACUGGUCGCCAAGAACCCGUCCAACCCAAACCACACAGUCGAGACGCACAUUGGCAAACUGCCCACGACGCAGUUUUCUGGCAAUGCCAUAGAGUCACCCAAUGUGACUUUGUCAACGUUCGGCGACGGCACUGCCAUUUUCGACACGGGAGCUGGCGGCCUUUCCCUGCCAGAAGAUAUGAUUGAUUCCAUAUACUACAAUCUCGGCUGGGAUUACCAAAGUCUGCUCAACGGCAAGCAGCGCUUUACAUGCGAGGCCAUGAACGCAUCCUGGGCCAUUUCUCUAAUCCUUGGUGAAGGUGCGCCCGAGAACGAUGUCGUAGUUAGCAUUCGCGGCGAUGAAUUACUCAAGCCUGGAGCUCAAUGUAUGCCACCGUUUGACCCUUCCAACGCACCUUCAUUUGCGCUUGUUGGCACUACCUUACUCCAGAGGUACUACACUAUAUGGGACUUUGGUGCGGACAAGGUGGCCGAGUACAAGCCUCGGCUUGGAUUUGGUAGGCUCAAGAAGCAGUUUGACUGGAAGUAUCAGUCAUAAGGGUCACGUAGAAGGGGGAGGUUUUCUCGCCAAUUGUGCAUGUAGUACGUAAAAUAUCAAGAUGAGAUGCAAACAAGGCACUUGGUGCAGUGGUGAACAUCGUGGUUGCAGGCGCAAAAGCGUCCUGUGUAACAACAAUACGAGCGAUAUGUAGACCAGCUAGUAAUGCCAGCGGAAGUGAGUGAUAUCUUGCAAAGUCGUCGGAGUGAGCAUGUUGAUUGCAUGUGUAUUUGUGUAUGUACAUAUCUAU